AUUAAAGACAGCGCACUUAGCAAAAGCACCUGUCCACCCUCCUCUCUACAGGAAGCCGCUCAGGAGGGUCACUGCGGCAAGGAGCCAUGGCUGAAGACCGAGGCAAGAAAGACUCCAUCGGGAUGGAUAUGAAGGGGGGUCAGACAAACAACGGGUUUGUCCAAAAUGAAGACAUCCCAGAGCUGGAGCCAGAACCCAGCAUUUCCGUGGAUGGCCCGCAGCACCAGGCUGUGAGCAUCACAGGCCCAGCGGAGCCCGACCCCCAGGGCGUGCGGCCCUACGCUGGGAUGCCCAAGGAGGUGCUGUUCCAGUUCUCAGGCCAGGCCCGCUACCGCGUGCCCCGGGAGAUCCUCUUCUGGCUCACCAUCGUGGCUGUGCUGCUGCUCAUUGCGGCCACCGUGGCCAUCAUCGCCGUCUCUCCAAAGUGCCUCGACUGGUGGCAGGCGGGGCCCAUGUACCAGAUCUACCCAAGGUCUUUCAAGGACAGCGACAAGGAUGGCAAUGGAGAUCUGAAAGGUAUUCAGGAUAAACUGGACUACAUCACUGCUUUAAAUAUAAAAACUAUUUGGAUUACUUCAUUUUAUAAAUCAUCCCUUAAAGAUUUCAGAUAUGGCGUUGAAGAUUUCCAAGAGAUUGACCCUAUUUUUGGAACAAUGAAAGACUUUGAGGAUCUGCUUGCAGCCAUACACGAUAAAGGUUUAAAAUUAAUAAUUGAUUUCAUACCAAACCACACCAGUGAUAAACAUCCUUGGUUUGAAAUGAGUAGGACACGGACCGGGAAAUACACUGAUUAUUACAUCUGGCGCGACUGUGCUCACGAAAACGGUAUAACCAUCCCCCCCAACAACUGGUUAAGCGUGUAUGGAAACUCCAGCUGGCACUUUGAUGAAGUGAGAAGGCAAUGUUAUUAUCACCAGUUUAUGAAAGAGCAACCGGACUUAAACUUCCGGAACCCUGACGUUCAGGAAGAAAUAAAAGAAAUAAUACAGUUCUGGCUCACGAAGGGUGUCGAUGGCUUUAGUUUCGAUGCGGUUAAAUUUCUUUUGGAAGCAAAAGACCUGAGAGAUGAGAUCCAAGUCAAUAAGUCCCAAAGUCCGGACACUGUUACUCGCUACUCAGAGUUGUACCAUGACUUCACCGCUACCCAGGUGGGAAUGCACGACAUUGUCCGGAGCUUCCGGCAGACCAUGGACCAGUACAGCCGGGAGCCCGGCAGAUACAGGUUCAUGGGGACCGGAGCCUCCGCAGAGAGCAUCGACAGGACCAUGAUGUACUAUGGGCUGCCAUUCGUCCAAGAAGCUGAUUUCCCGUUCAACAACUACUUUACCACCCUACACACUCUGUCUGGGAACCUUGUGCAUGAGGUUAUCUUAUCCUGGAUGGGAAACAUGCCGGAAGGAAAGUGGCCUAACUGGAUGACUGGUGGACCGGACAGUGCUCGGCUGACCUCUCGUUUGGGGAACCAAUACGUCAACACCAUGAACAUGCUGCUUUUUACACUUCCCGGAACACCUAUCACUUACUAUGGGGAGGAAAUAGGGAUGAGGGAUAUUUCAGCCAUAAAUAUCAACGAAAGCUAUGAUACUAGUACUCUCCUUUCGAAGUCGCCCAUGCAGUGGGACAACAGUUCGAACGCUGGGUUUUCUGAAGGAAAUCACACCUGGUUACCUGCCAACUCCGAUUACCACACUGUCAACGUCCAGGUCCAAAAGACUCAGCCAAGUUCGGCUUUGAAACUGUACCAAGAGUUGAGUCUACUUCAUGCCAACGAGCUGCUCAUCAACAGGGGCUGGUUCUGCCUUCUGAGCAACGCCAGCCACUCUGUCGUGUACACAAGGGAGCUGGACGGCAUAGACAGGGUCUUUCUUGUGGUUCUGAAUUUUGGAGACUCAACGCUGCUAAAUCUACAGGAAAUGAACUUAGGGCUCCCUACAAAACUGAGAGUCAGAGUAAGUACCAACCCCGCCUCCGAGCGCAGUGAGGUUGACUCGGUUGGCGUUUCUCUGGAGGAGGGAGAAGGGUUAAUCCUGGAGUACAACACGAAGAAUCUCCUGCAUCAGCAAGCGGCGUUCAGAGACAGAUGCUUUAUUUCCAAUCGAGCCUGCUACUCCAGCGCCUUGAACAUACUGUACAGCGUGUGCUAGGGAACUCUCAAAGACGCUGACGCCCGCACUUGUGUCUGACUUCACGCAGAGCACGCUGCUGGGUAGACUUCACAAGCGGUCACUCAGUCUCACUUGCUGUCACUUGAAUGUAACUGCUUUAGGAAAGGUUCUCAGAGGUGUAAAAUAAUAAUAAAAUGUUUAAAAAAA